AUGGAGCUCUCCAGCGCCGAGAGCGCCUUGCGCACACUCAAGCACCGGCCGAAAGUCCCACAAGGCGCCAUCGAGACAGCGCAGGCCAUUUCGCAUCUCCUCUUCCCCUCGGACGUCGCACCUGCGUGCAUAGACGACACGACGCGCCGCGAGUUGCUGCAGGAGGAGCUGCAGACGUUACUUUUGUAUGGCCGCGAGCGCUGGGAACCGCUGGCGGUGUUUUUUGUCGUCGUGCGGGAUAUUGUGGGUCGGUCCGUCGACGCGUAUCCGGACGAGCCUAAACCUCAGGACGAGGUUUUUUACGGCCAAGCGCUGCAAGUGAACGCACCGCGUUUUGUCACCACGACGCUAUCGGAUACUUUUGUGACGCAAAUUGUCACGCACCCGAUCCAUCAGUACUUGGAGUACUAUGAGCCACGCGUGCGCAUGGCCAUUGCCACGUUGCUCGGAGCGCUGGCCAAGUGGGACCUCGCGUGGGUCGCCCAGACGUUCCUGCCGCACCUCGUGGAGUCGAUCGAGUCGAACCUCAGCCGCUCGCCCGAGUUUGAAGACACGGGAUUCGACGAGCUGGACGACAACGUGAGCACCAAUGGCAUGACGACGCCGCCGCUGUCGCCCAGUCAGGAGACGACGCCACGGACGCCAUCGACGCCGUAUCGACUCGACGACGUGAGUGGCUGGAAAGCCCUCGAGAGUUCGUUGUGCGCGCUCAAGUACGUGAUCAAAGCCAGUGGACGAGCGUUCCUGGAGACGACCCAAGCACCAGUCGGAGAGACAGACGCGGAGCACGCGUUUGUCUACUUGACGCCGCCGCUCGUAGCGCUGGUCGCGACCAAGAGCUGUUUCCACAUCAAUCGCCACGUGCGCGUCGUGGGACUUGACACGGUCAACGUGCUCGCGGACAUUGCACCAGUAGGGUUUCUCGAAGCCCAUCGCUCGAGCGUGAGCGAUAUCUUGAACAAGUGCAUCAAGCGCGGCCUCGAGGACAAUUGGUGCCAAGUGCGCUACGCUGCAUCGAUUGCAGCGCGCACGUUUCUGCUGAAGCUACAAGAUGAGGGACGGAAAGCGUAUUUGCCCAUUUUGCUCCCGAGAUUGUGUCUCAACCGCUACUACAUUGCCGAGCGGGUGCAAAAGUACUCGCAAGAGUCGUGGGAACUCAUUGUGGGUACCCAUGGGCGCGAGUUGGUCGCCACGUAUGCCAACGAGAUUGUGGACUAUUACGUGGAGAUGACGAGCCACUGUGUCCGCGAGUCGGCGUGCCAGUGCAUUGCUGAGCUCGGAAUGAAGGUCGAUCCAGCAGCGAUUCGCCCGCACGUUGGCCGACUUAUGCAGGCUCUGCUCAUUUGCUUCUACGAUGUAUCGAAUUUGGUGCGCGAUGCGGCGUGCCUGGCGUCGGCGCAGCUUGUGCUUGGUUUUCCAGAAGAAUGCCGUCCGUUCCUGAACGAGUUGUAUCAGUUGUGGAUUGAUCAUCUCUCGGAUGACAUUUGGUCUGUACGUGAAGACGCUGCUAUUGCUCUUGGUAAUGUGAUCCGUGCAUACGGCCAAGAAGCGCUCGACCGCGUGAUCAAGGUCACGGAAGAGUACUUGCCGCUGGCGGAGAAGCAGCCAGCCAUGACGCAGUUAGAGUACGACGAGUUGAUGCGCUCGGAAAAGCAGCAUCUGAGUAAGCAGGCGUUCUCUUGCUGCUCGCUGGAACCUAAACUGUUUGAACGUCACGAGCACCGUAGCAAGGAACCGUGGGAGUACACCGACGGUGCCAUUUACAUGGUGCGCGAGCUGUGCAGUGUGGCUCCCGACCUUGCUGUGAAGUAUCUCCCGCAAGUCGCAGAUAUCGCAAUUCUUCGUCAUUUCCCUCAGACAGCCGUGUUGCAGGAAACAAUUUGGAAACAACUGCCAAUUAUGUGCGAGGCGCUGGGCAAGAAAGUGUUCAAGCGGUACCUCGAGCUAUUCUUUGAUCCUCUGGUCUUCACGCUCCAAGGCACAAGCCGUCUCGCGACGUUCGCUGCACGUGACUGUGUCGCACAAAUUAGUAAACAGGUUGGACCUAGCAUCUUUUUGGGCCGUCUGGACGCGAAUGCAGCUUGGAAGGAGGUUUUGGGUCCCGUCGUGCCGGUGCAGCCGUACAUGGUCAAGCAGAUGACCUCCUGA